AUGCAUGGCGUCGUGCUGGAUGUCACUAGCCCAGUAGGCUCACAGAAACUUCAGCCAGUGACGGCAGAAGAGUGCAUCCUGAGAAGACAGUUCUGCAGCCCUCCAUUCAGGUUAGGUAUUGAUGGAUUAAAAAACAAAAACAAAAAAGCAAGGCACAACCCUCCUGGGCCUGUUUCUCCUGAACUCCUUCUUGUUUUGGGUAACCCCAGUGCUCCUUGUCAUGUGGAUACCAUGUUCAAAUGCUUCAGAGCCAGGCUGCAUGGGAGAAAGCCCGUGCCAGCCACUGCACCAGGGCCCGAAAGUGUGCAUGCGGGUCAUAAUUUCAGUCCUUCAGCCUCAGUGAAGUCUUGUUACAGAGUAUUACUGAGUUGCUCACCUGCACAAGCCACCUGGCCUGAAAUUUUGGAAUCUCCUAUGAUCCUUGCCCUGGCUGAGGGCUUUUUGAGACAAUCUGUCCAUGACUGUGCGGUGGUGAAUGGAGGCUGCCCGCAGCGCGGUAGUAACACUCUGCGCACCUUCCGCUGUGAGCGUGAUGCAGGAUGCGGACGCCGUGCUGCCGAACACACCUGCAGAAAGAUGGACCCCUGUGCAGGCGGAAAUGGAUGGGCUCACACAUGUCAGAAUGAGAAUGGCAUGCCCAGGUGUGCCUGCCACCCAGGGUACCAGCUGUCUGAAGACAAAACCUGCGAAGAUAUAAAUGGAUGCACUGAGGAUCUUGCUCACUAUGGUCAUUGCUGUGUGAACUCAGUGGGAUCUUUCACGUGUCGGCCGGCUGGCUUUGAGCUGGGAGCUAAUGGGAAACAGUGCUACGGGAUUGAAUUGGAAAUUGUCAAUAGCUGUGAGAAGGACAAUGGUGGUUGUUCCCAUCAUUGUGAACAUGCAGUUGGCGGGCCCCAUUGUCCCUGUAACCAUGGACACCAGCUGGAUUCAGAUGGGAAAACAUGCAUAGACCUUGAUGAAUGUGAAAAAGGAGAAGCCUGCUGUGCUCAGAUCUGCAUCAACCAUUUAGGAGGCUAUGAAUGCAGCUGUCAGGAGGGCUUUUUGAUCAGUUCUAAAGGUUGUGGGUGUGACGCUUUAGAUGACGAUGAGCCAGAGAAAGAACUGGAAGUCGUGCAGUUUCCAGGCUUUCUUCAAAGCCCACCUCAACUGCCUCAGUGUGUCAUUGCCUCUCUGCCUCCCUUGUAUGAAGUCAAAGAAGCUGAGGAAGAAGAGGAAAGAGAUUUACAAGAAUGCCCUGUUUUGCACAAAGUUGUCUGUUUAGGCGGCACCUUCAGACAUGACGGCACCUUGAGCUGUGAAGGCUGCAUGAAUGGAGGCCACUGCCAGGAGGGAGGGAACGGCUCCUGCCCGGUAGGUUGGGCUGGUGUUCUUUGGGAUGAAGUAAGUGAUGUCCUGAGAAGUGGUACAGACUGGCAAGCUGCUGGUGGGUGAUUGCAAGGGUUCUUUGGGAAAAAUUGCAGAAGAAAAUGUAACUGCACCAACAAUGGCCAUUGCCGCAGGAUGUAUGGUGCCUGUGUGUGUGAACCAGGGUGCUACGGGAGGUUUUGUCAUCCGAGCUGUCCCAAGGGGGUCUAGGGAGCUGCCUGCUCUUCUGAAUGUCCGUGUGUGGAGAACACCCUGGAAUGCAGUGCCAGAAAUGGUAGCUGCACCUGCAGAUCUGGUUGCCAAGGCAACAGAUGCCAGAAAGACCCUGAACUUCACAUGAAAAGGACGCCUGUUCUUUUGUUCCCUCAAGUAUCACCAAACUCGUACAACCAUCCCAACAUAGAUAUUUCUCAGGAAAUGUUUUCUUUAAUCAAUUUAUAA